AUGCCUCCCUUUAGAAUUGGAUUGCUGAAACGAAAGUCGGAUACUAAAGAAACUAAACCGAAGGUGUCUGACAGUUCACAGGAAGAAUCCGAUGAUGAGAAGUUAAUAAGUGGACAGCUGGAUGCUGAUGGAGAUGACACAGAUUCUGAGCAUGAGGAGGAGGAAGCUUCUGACCAUGAACAAGAUGAGGUGCUAUUUGAUGACAGUGCAGACUCCACAUUAGGAGAAGAUGAACAUGUGGCUGAUGCUUCGGAAGAAUCAUCAGACUUAGAAGAUUCAGAAGAAGAUGAUGACGAUGAUGAGGGGACAUCAAAAGAAGAAGAAUCAGGUGAUGAGUCAGAAAAAAGUAGUGUAGAUAGUGGAGCUGAAUCGGGUCCAGUGCAUACACAAUCUGGGGCUAGUGACUCAGAAACUGACAAGAAAAGCAAAAAAGAUAAAAGACAGAAGGUAAAAGUAAAAAAGGACAGAGGCCAGAAAACAGAGAGCAGUAUAGACCGAUUGGCAGAUACUAUCAAGAAAACUUCCGUGACCCAGCUAAAGCCAGUGGGACAGAAGGAUGAGUACGAGUCCGGCGACACGUCUGACGAGGAGGACCGUCGCAACACGGUGGGCGACGUGCCCAUGUGGUGGUACAACGAGUACCCGCACGUAGGCUACGACCUUGACGGGCGGCGCAUCAUCAAGCCGCCCCAGAGGGACCAGAUCGACGAGUUCCUCAAGAAGUGUGAAGAUCCCGAGUUCUGGCGAACAGUCCGUGAUCCCAGCACGGGCCAGGAUGUAAUUCUCAGCAAAAAAGACUUAAAAUUGAUACACAGGCUGAGAGAAGGACAUGUCCCUGACCCUACACACGAUGAGUACCAGCCGUGGGUGGAGUGGUUCACUCGCGAGGUGCUGCAGACGCCGCUCCGCGCGUUCCCGGAGCACAAGCGCUCGUUCCUACCGUCACGCUCCGAGCAGAAGCAGGUGGCGCGCAUCGUGCACGCGCUCAAGAUGGGCUGGACCAAGACCAGGAAGCAGCUCGCCGACGAAAGGAGGAAGAAGAGGGAAAAGAACUUCUACAACUUGUGGGGCUCCACCACGGAGGAGGAGGAGCAGCGCCUGCGCGGCAUCCACAAGCACAUCCCUGCUCCACGACGUGCCCUCCCCUCGCACGCCGAGAGCUACAACCCACCCCCGGAGUACCUGCUCGAUUCUAAGGAGCUGAAAGAGUGGAACAAGUUGUCGGAGACCCCUUGGAAGCGCAAGUACACGUUCCUGCCCACGCAGUACGCGAGCCUGCGCCAGGUGCCGGCCUACGAGCGCUUCACGCGCGAGCGCUUCCUGCGCUGCCUCGACCUCUACCUCGCGCCGCGCGCCAUCAAGAUGAGGUUGACUAUCAGUCCGGAGGACUUGGUGCCGAAAUUGCCGUCGCCCCGCGACCUGCAGCCCUUCCCCACGAGCGAGUCGCUGGUGAUGCGCGGUCACGUAGGGCUGGUGCGGAGCGUGGACUUCGAUCCCGCCGGCCAGUACGUCGUGUCCGGCGGGGACGACUGUACGCUGAGAGUGUGGGAGAGCAGCACGGGGCGGUGCCUGCGCACGGUGCGGCUGGCGGAGAGCGUGAGCCGCGUGGCGUGGAUCCCCACGGCGGGGCUGAGCCUGGUGGCGGCGGCGGCCGGCGCGCGCCUGCUGCUGCUCAACCCCGGCGCCGACGUGGGCGCGCACCGCGUGGCGCAGCGCACUGACGACCUGCUCGAGGAGCCGCCGCCCAAGCACGACGUGCAAGUGGACGAGCGCACGUCGUCCGCGGUGGAGUGGCAGCGCGUGACGCCGGAGGAGUGGGCGCGCGGCGUGCGGCUGGCCAUCUCCCACUUCAAGCCCGUCACGCACGUGGCGUGGCACGCGCGCGGCGACUACCUGUGCGCGACGCUGCGCGAGGGAGCGUCGCGCGCCGUGGUCGUGCACCAGGUCUCGCGCCGCCGCAGCCAGCUGCCCUUCAGCCGCGCCAAGGGGCUCGUGCAGUGCGCGCUCUUCCACCCCACCAGGCCGCUGCUCUUCGUCGCCACCCAGCGUGUGGUGCGCGUGUACGACCUCGUGAAGCAGGAGUUGGUCCGCAAGCUACUGACGGGCGCGCAGUGGAUCAGCCACAUGGCCGUGCACCCCGCCGGCGACAACUUACUCGUCGCAUCCUACGACAGGAAGUGCAUAUGGUUCGACCUGGAGCUGUCGUCGAAGCCGUACCAGACGCUGCGGCUGCACGGUGGCGCCGUGCGCGCCGUGGCCUUCCACCGGCGCUACCCGCUCUUCGCGUCCGCCGGCGACGACGACAACAUCAUCGUGUCGCACGGGAUGGUCUACAACGACCUCCUACAAAACCCCCUGCUGGUCCCGCUGAAGCAGCUGCGCGCGGGAGGCCGCGCCGAGGAGCUGUGCGUGCUGGACGUGCGCUGGCACCCCACGCAGCCCUGGCUGCUGGCCGCCGGCGCAGACUCUACGCUGCGCCUCUACACUUGA